AUGCAUGGAAAGUCCCUUUCUCCACCUCUUUCUUCUUUGUGGGGGCACUUAUUGGAUCUUUUAUUAGUGGACAUCUAUCAGACCGGUUCUGAAAUGCUGAGUAAGUCUGCCAGGGUGACCUACAUUCUGCUGGGACACAGUCUUGGGUUUGGCUUUGGUUAUGCCUUAUUGCCUCUCUUUGCUUACUUCAUACGUGGCUGGAGGAUGCUGCUGGUUGCUGCUGCCCUCCCAGGCUUCCUAUUUAUUCCAACGUGGUGCUUGAUUCCUGAGUCGCCUCGUUGGCUUUUGCAGAAAGGUCGAGUGGAGGAGGCUGAGCUUGUCAUACGUAAGGCUGCCCAGUGGAACAGAGUCCCCGCCCCUGAGGUCAUAUUCAGAGCUGGGGAUUGCUUGGAGCUCAUGCAAAAUAAAGAUGAAGAGGAGCAGACAUACACUUACAUGGACUUGAUGCGCACCCAUAACAUAAGGAACAUAACAAUUUUAGGUGUUUUCAUAUGGAUCUCUGUGGCCAUGGUCUACUAUGGGCUCUCUCUCAAUAGCAGCAACCUGCAUGGAAACAUCUACCUCAACUGCUUCAUUUCUGCAGCCAUUGACAUUGUUGUGUAUGUAGCCACCUGGCUUCUGAUUGAUAGGGCUCCACGGCCCACUUUACUCUUCACCACGCUGAUGUUCUGCGGUAUCAUGCUUCUGGUUAUAAAGCUGGUUCCUGAAGACAUGCCCAUCAUAGUCCAGGUGUUGGCUUUGGUGGGAAAGACUGGUGUAUCUGCUGCUUACUGCUUUAUCUAUGUGUUUUUCACUGAGCUGAUGCCCACUGUGGUCAGAAACAUGGGCUUGGGGAUCUGCGCCACAGCUGCACGAAUAGGAGCUAUCAUAUGUCCUUAUUUACUUUACAUGGGUCUAUACAGCAAGAUCCUUCCCUACAUCAUUUUUGGCACAGCCAGUAUUAUGGCUGCUGCCGUUAGCAUGUUGUUGCCAGACACCAGAAACAGCAAACUCCCUGACCUUCUCAUCCAGACCAAACACAUCAGACGCUUCUCCUGCUGUUCAAAGGAAGCUCUUUCAACCCGACCUGAUGCAACUGAAGGCUUCAAAGAAGUGAACUAGAGUGCCAUCUACUGAAAG